AGGAAGAACUGAACUCCAAAGGUGCUGGCCCCGCGUCUUGCCACCUCUGGGUUCCCGCACUGCCGAAGCCGACAUGGACGUCACCAUCCAGCACCCCUGGUUCAGACGCGCCCUGGGGCCCUUCUACCCCAGCCGGCUCUUCGACCAGUUUUUCGGCGAGGGCCUCUUUGAGUACGACCUGCUGCCCUUCCUGUCCUCCACCAUCAGCCCCUACUACCGGCAGUCCCUGUUCCGCACCGUGCUGGACUCUGGCAUCUCUGAGGUCCGGUCUGACCGUGACAAGUUUGUCAUCUUCCUCGACGUGAAGCACUUCUCCCCGGAAGACCUGACUGUGAAGGUGCUGGACGACUUUGUGGAGAUCCACGGCAAGCACAACGAGAGGCAGGACGACCACGGCUACAUUUCCCGGGAGUUCCACCGCCGCUACCGCCUGCCCACGGCCGUGGACCAGUCCGCGCUGUCCUGCUCCCUGUCGGCCGACGGCAUGCUGACCUUCUCAGGCCCCAAGAUCGUGGACCCCAGCCACAGCGAGCGCACCAUCCCCGUGUCCCGGGAGGAGAAGCCCAGCUCCGCGCCGUCCUCCUGAGCCGCCCCGUCGGUGCCCCCCGCCCCACCCACCUGGAGGCCGUGGAAGAGGCGGGCGUCUGUUUUCUUCUGCUUUCCUCUUUUCUGUUUCCUUUUCCUCCUCUCGGAUGGGAAGAGGGUUUGAGAGAGCACCCGAUCGAGCUUGGGGUCUCCGGCGUCGGGGGCUGCAGCCUCAGGGUGGCCCCAGCCCAAGCAGCGGCCAGCAGAAGGGGUGACCGCCAUGCCACCCCUCCUUAGACAGCCGGGCUUGGGGGUUUGGAGGGCGGUCUCUGCCCACUGGGCGGUUGGAAGGGGGUUGCUGGUGGCCUCUGUGCAGGGCCCCAGCCUCAGGCUAGGGGGGGACACCCUUGGCUGAGGGUCUCCAGUGACUCCACCAGGUGCUUCUUGACACCCAAAGAGCCAGCCCCCGGGCAGCACCUGUGUCCAGCCCUGCCUGGGCCCCGUGUGGCCUGUUGCCGUGACCCACAGCCCUCUGGGCCCCUGGAGUCCUGCGUCUCUCACACCUUCUUCCCCCAAACCCUCCUCUAUGUAGUACUGACUUGGGGGGCAACUGGCCACCCCAAGAACAAGUCCUGGCAGUCAAUAAAG